AUGGCCAAAGCCGAUAGAAUCGGAACUCAAAGAGUCCGACUUGAUAGUCUGGACACCGCUCGGGCCGAUCUUUAUGGAGGUCCGAACGUCGUCGUUCCUCCUAAGCAUUUCAUGGCUUCUACUUCUGACCAUAUUUCCAAACUAUCCGAUAUGACCGAACACCACGAGGAACUAGUCUCAUCGGAAGAUGAUACUUCGCCGAUCAAUACGCCCAUGUCAACCCCUCCAAUGGUCACUAGCGAUGAUUUUGCUCUGGCCUUUGAUAUCGACGGCGUUCUCAUCAAGGGCGGGAAACCCAUUCCUGAAGCCGUUGAUGCCAUGAGAUACAUCAAUGGUGAAAAUCCCUACGGAGUCAAAGUUCCCUACAUUUUCUUGACCAACGGCGGUGGCAAGACAGAGAAAGAGCGAUGUCUCGAUCUCAGUAAACAACUCGACCUGGAAGUCAACCCUGGUCAGUUCAUCUGCGGCCAUACGCCGAUGCGUGAAAUGGCCCAGCGGUACCACACCGUCCUGGUAGUCGGUGGCGAGGGUGAGAAGUGUCGAAUAGUGGCUGAAGGAUAUGGAUUCAAGGAUGUCAUCACGCCUGGAGAUAUCAUCAAGACGCGACACGACACCACACCAUUCCGAACACUGACGGAUGAGGAGUAUGAGAACUCCCGGCUGCUCGAUCUAGACAAGGUCCGAAUUGAAGCGGUCUUUGUCUUUGCAGACAGUCGAGAUUGGGCUGGCGACCAACAAAUCAUUUUGGAUUGCCUCAUGACCAAAGAUGGCUGGUUGAACACACGAUCGGAGAGCUUUACCGAGGGACCCCCGGUCUUCUUCUCACAUACCGAUGUAGUGUGGUCAACAUCGCAUGAACAUUCCCGUCUUGGAAUGGGAGCGUUGCGCGCUUCUCUCGAAGCCGUCUAUGCUGCUAUUACUGGCAAGGAUCUCAACACCAUUGCCUUCGGUAAACCCCAGAUUGGAACAUAUGAAUUUGCCACUCGACUUUUGCAAAAGUGGCGAAAGGAUUCCUGUGGCAUCGACCGGUCUCCAUCCACUGUCUACUUCAUUGGCGAUACUCCGGAGUCCGACAUUCGCGGCACAAACGAGUUCAACGAGACUACGGAAAACGAUUGGUUCUCUGUUUUAGUCAAGACUGGAGUCUACCGGGAUGGUACUGUUCCGCGUUAUCCUCCCAGGAAGAUCUGCAACAAUGUCUUUGAUGCUGUCAAGUUUGCCAUCGAGCGCGAGCAUCGAAAGACUUCUAAGGGCUCAACCGUUUCCGAGCUCGACAUUGACACCAGAAAAGAAGCUCCCAACUAA